GUGCAGCAGCAGAUCCGGGACGGGGAGUUUUGGCGGUGUGUCCAGUACGCCGUCCUUGUCAUGGCACCCAUCCACCAGUUGUUGCGCAGGAUGGAUAGGGGGGGAUGAUAAUGUCCAUCAUUUACGAGUGGAGUCAGCAUGUGCUGCGGUUGAUGAGGAGGGUCGAUGUGCCGGCGGACAUGAUCGAGCCGUGCGUGCAUGAGGUUGUCAUCCGCAACCUCCACAAGCUAGAGCCCGCACAUGUCGCGGCCCACCUCCUCAACCCUCGUCGACUGUCCCUUAGGUAUUACCAGACGUUACAGACGAGCGCCGAUGACGCCCGUGUGGUCGAGGAGUGCGACAAAUUUCUCCUGGCCCAGACCGGCGACGAUUCGGUCGGCAGACUGUACAGGACCGUGAGGGACCAGAUGAGGCACUUCCACUCGAGGCGAGGAGAUUGGGGAGAUCGGUCCCUCUCCGAUGCCGAGGCGGACGAUUGCAAGGGGGACCGCAAGACCGAGCGUUGUGCGGCGUGGUGGUUUGACCAUGGACGUGCCCACCCGGAGUUGCGCACCAUCGCCAUCCGUGUUGUGCACUUGUGGAAGUCUGCCUCUCCAGCGGAGAGGAACUGGGCGCAGCACGAGCGCAUCAACAGGGCGAGGCGCUGCAAGCUUGGGUUUGCCAAGCUUGCACAGCUGGUUGAGAUUGCCACCAAUCUCAAACUGGCCUUGUGCGCAUGGCAGGGUGGUGGCUACGUGUUGCCAUGGGUUAUGAAGACCGGUCGGGAGGGGACGGCGGGAGAGGACGAGGAUGAGGAGGGAGACGUGGAGCCCGAGAUUGUCGCUUUCCAUGGCAGCCGACCGUCUAGAGCUCAUUCCGUUCAGGAGGUGUUCGGCAAGAGGGCGACGGAGCUGCGACCGUGGUCGGAGUGUGGGGAUGAUGCGGACGCUGAUGCGGGAGACGACGACAUCGACGACGAGUGGACAGACGAUGAUGACGCCCCGCUGAGUGGCGACGCGACAACUGAGCGGGUGUACUUCAUUUACGGUGGGGGAAGUGACGGCAUGGCUUCAUUCACAUCAGUUAUCACUGGUGAUCUGCCGUCGACCGGACAGGCGAGUGGCAGCAGCAAAGCCGAUGGUCGUCGUGGAGGACGUUCGCAUGCGGAGGUUAGCGUCGACGACUCGGGGGGGCAGGAGCCACGGGGAGGCCUUCAGCAGACAGGCAGGCGUUGGGAGGUUAGGAGCGACAGCGAGGCCGAGGAGGAGACCGAGGAUGAGGAGGUGCACCUUCGCGAUCGUCGCUUCUCUCCCUCCCAUCAUCCGAGCACUGCACAGCCCGAGGCACUUAGGCGUUCGGAGAGGUUGGCGUCGACAGCAGGCAGAGACCGGACACAUGACGGCAAGGAUCGUGGGGGGGGGAGGACUCCUUCCAACGCCGUUCAAGGGGGGUUCGUUGAUGAGGGACAGGAUGUCGCCGCGGGUGGUGGGUCAGGUGGUGGACAACGCGGUGACGGGGAGACCGCGGGUGAUGAGGGGCAGGAUGUUGCCGUGGGCGGUGGGUCCCCUCGUGGAGGACGUGGCGACGGCGAGACCGCGGGUGAUGAGGGACAGGGUGCCACCGUGUGUGGCAGGGGAGAGGAUGGACCCAGUGGAGAUGGGGAUACCGCGGGUGUUCGGGGAGACGAUGGACCGGAUGGAGAUGAUGAUGACGACCACGGUCUCGAGGAUGAUGUGUAUAGGCUCGCCUUGGUGUUGAGGGACCCUACAGUAGCUUCCUUGCGUCCUGACGACUUAGCACACGCUUUCUUCGACGCCGACGCUUUGGCACAAGCGUUGAUGGAUGACCCUUUCGCACACACGGGCCACAGGAGCGGCAAGAGGCGGCCCCCUGCAGGGGAAUAUUCACCGCCGCCGUUCGUAGUGCAGAGCCCUCGAUGGUCGGGUUCGUCGCUCAGCGGCGUGAGAGGGAAGGAGUCCGGAGCGGGUGAGGUGGGGUCCGGCAGACGCAGCGAGGGCGCCAGAGACAGUGCAGGAUCGAUGCCUCCACCGCCCGCACGGGCUCUAGAGGUUGGCGUCGAUGCCGAGGACUAGAUGGCGGCACCCGGAGUUGCGCACAGUGGCGGUUCCGUGCCGCCAGUCCGAGGUG